GUUAUUGCUCUUAUACAUACAUCUUAUUUAAUAUCACAUUCACAAAGAAGUGAUAUUAUAAUUAAUAUUAUUAAUACUAAUGAAUUUUGGUUAAAACUUGAAUUGUUUUAUAAGUUGUUAAAACUAUAUGACUAUGUUAUAAAAAUUCUUGAAACAGAAAAGACAACAUUAGGUCAACUUUUAUAUAUUCAAGAAGCUGCAUAUAGUCUUUUUUGCACUUUUUAUCCUGAUCGUAAUCAAGACCAAUUUAUUGAUGAAUGGUUAAAUUAUACAAAUCAAGAGGGCCUAUUUUUUGUAUCAUCUAUUAAAAAUCCAAGUUUUACAAAAUUUUUACUAAGAUACUGGCAUACUAUGCUAAGUGCAACCCCAAAUUUAAGUGAAUUUGCAUGUUGCCUUUUAUUAAUUCUACCUAAUUCUGCAACUUCUGAACAG